UUUUACCUGGAAAAACACACAAAAAGGGUGAAAAUACGAACAAACGCAGACAAAAAGACGAAUACGUACCUCAUAUUCGAAUAAACCCGCACAAGAAAUGGGUUUGGGCGACGAUAAGAAGAAGAAAUGCAUGAUAGCGGGUGGAAUCUCGGCCCUGCUCGUUGUCAUGGUGGUCUCGGUGGCAGUGGCCACGUCCAAGAACACCAGCGGUCCCAUCAAACACGGUGACUCGCAGAUCAAAACAACAACCAAGGCGGUCCAAGCCGUUUGUGAACCGACUGACUACAAAGAGACCUGUGUCCACAGCUUAAUGGCUGCAUCCCCCAACUCCACCCAACCGCUGGACCUCAUCAGGCUUGGCUUUAACCUGACCAUCAAUUCUAUCCACCAAGGCAUCAAGAAAGCCGCCCACGAGCUCAAAGCGAGAGCUGAGAAAGACCCAGAGACGAAAGGGGCUCUCGACCUUUGCCAGGAGCUGAUGAUUGAUGCCAUCGAUGACCUUAAAAAGUGCUUCGACAAAUUCGAUGGGUUCAACCUCAAUGAGGCAGAGGAGUUUGUUGAGGAUCUCAGGGUCUGGCUUAGUGGCUCCAUCGCAUUCCAGCAAACCUGCAUGGACACCUUCGAAGAAAUCAAGUCGGAUCUCGCACAGGAAAUGGCCAAGAUCUUUAAAACAUCCAAAGAGCUCACAAGCAAUGGCCUCGCCAUGGUUUCUGGCCUCUCUAUGCUUCUCCCACAGUUCAACAUCACAGGAGUCAGAGGUGACCUCGGAAGCUAUGCAAGAAAACUCCUUUCGACAGAGGACGGUUUCCCGACAUGGAUGAGACCGGAAGCGAGGAAGCUCAUGGCGGCUAAAGGGACAAAGGUGAAGCCCAACGCGGUGGUUGCCUUGGACGGAAGCGGCCAGUUCAAGAGCAUAAACGCUGCCUUAAAGACAGUGCCUAUGAAAAACAAGUUUCCCUUUGUCAUCUACAUCAAACAAGGUAUCUACAAAGAGAAAGUCGAUGUGACCAAGACCAUGAGCUAUGUCACCUUCAUCGGCGACGGACCCACCAAGACCCGUAUCACCGGAAACCUCAACUUCGGCAUGGGAAAGGUCAAGACCUACCAAACCGCCACCGUCGCUGUCAAUGGCGAGCACUUCACGGCGAAGGACAUCGGGUUCGAGAACACGGCCGGACCGAAGGGUCACCAGGCGGUGGCGCUGAGAGUCUCCGCCGAUUACGCCGUCUUCCACAACUGCCAGAUCGAUGGUUACGUCGACAGUUUCUACGCCAACUGCCAGAUCGAUGGUUACCAAGACACGCUCUACGCACACUCCCACCGACAAUUCUACCGCGACUGCACCAUCUCCGGCACAAUCGAUUACAUCUUCGGGGACGCGAAAUCGUUCUUCCAGAACUGCAACAUGGUCGUCCGGAAACCGAUGGGAGGCCAAUCGUGCAUGGUCACGGCUCAGGGACGAACCGACAAGCGCGAGACGACAGGGAUCGUGCUCCAUAACUGCAGAAUCACGGGAGACCCAGCGUACAUCCCAGUGAAGAAGACGAACAAAGCUUACCUGGGUCGUCCAUGGAAGCAGUUCUCGAGAACGAUCAUCAUGAGGACAACGAUCGAAGACAUCAUCGACCCAAAAGGCUGGCUCGAAUGGAACGGAAACUUCGCGCUCGACACAUUGGAGUACGCAGAGUUCGAGAACAAAGGACCCGGAUCGAAUCAAGCUACACGGGUCAAAUGGCCAGGGAUCAAGAAAUUCACUCCCAGACAGGCCGGAGAGUUCACCGCCGGGAAAUUCUUACAAGGCGGUACGUGGAUUCCACAGACACAGGUCCCUUACCUCGGCAACAUGUAGAAGCAUGAGAAGAGUUCCUGACGGAAAUUUUCCAUUUUAUUUUCUCCCUUAAUUUUUGGGUUUUAAAUUCAGUUGUUUUAAAAAAAAAUCGAAGAAAAAGAAAUUAAUGUUUU